AUAAAGAUAUCUAUUGUGACGUUAUCAGUAAACAAAGUCUUUAACAUAUUUGGCCCCCUUGUUAAGAUACUAAAGUUCAAAAUAUUAUCAAAUUACCUCAUAGCGAUAAACAAACUGACUAUAAUAGGCAUUCAAUGCAGUUUUAUUUGUUAAUUUGAAGGUAAAAGUUGUGCUGUGCGUGUACAUUCUACCUGCAACCGUCGAAAUGACUACCUCUUGGAACUAUCCUGAUGCUGCACUCAGAGCUGAACUCAAGAAGAUCGCUGAUGCUAUCACCGCUCCUGGAAAAGGUAUCUUAGCUGCCGACGAAUCUACCGCUACCGUAGGCAAGCGUUUCGCUGACAUCGGAGUUGAAAACAACGAAGAAAACCGUCGUAAAUACAGACAACUUCUUUUCACCACCGAUCCAGCCAUUGGACAAUACAUUUCUGGUGUAAUUUUGUUCCACGAAAGUUUAUACCAAAAAGCCGAUGAUGGUACUCCAUUCCCAGAACUUCUUAAACAGAGAGGAAUCAUUCCCGGCAUUAAAGUCGACUCUGGUGUAGUACCUCUCUUCGGCAGCAAUGACGAAUGCACCACACAAGGUUUGGACGAUUUGGCCAAGCGUUGCGCCCAAUACAAAAAAGAUGGUUGCCACUUCGCUAAAUGGCGUUGUGUGUUGAAGAUCAGUGCACAGACACCUUCCAUCCAAUCACUCAUUGAAAAUGCCAACGUACUGGCUCGUUAUGCGUCCAUCUGCCAGGCCAACAGAAUCGUACCCAUCGUGGAACCUGAAAUCUUACCUGACGGUGGACACGACCUUCUCACCUGUCAGAAGACAACAGAAACAGUAUUGGCAUACGUCUACAAAGCUCUUGCUGAUCACAACGUCUACCUCGAAGGAACUCUCUUGAAACCCAACAUGGUUACAGCAGGUCAAUCCUCUGCAAACAAAGCCACACCAGCACAAGUAGCAGAAGCCACAGUAACCGCUUUACAACGCAGAUUGCCCCCUGCAGUUCCCGGUGUCACCUUCUUGUCUGGAGGACAAUCCGAAGAAGAAGCUACCGUCAACUUAAACGCCAUCAACCAAUUCCCAGGAAAGAGACCGUGGGCGCUAACUUUCAGUUAUGGACGUGCCCUUCAAGCUUCCGUUCUCCGCGCCUGGGGAGGAAAAGACGAAAACGUCAAAGCUGGACAAGAAGAAUUGAUGAAACGUGCGAAGGCUAACAGCGAAGCUUCCCUUGGAAAAUACGUAGCUGGUAGUGUGUCAGGAAAAGCUGGAGAUGCAGGUCUCUUCAUCAAAGAUCACGCCUAUUAAGCAAAUCCUCACAAAUUUGUUGUGAAUGUAACGUUAUUAGUGAAAAACAUGUUUUAGAUCUACAUUGAACAAACCCAAAUUCAUAAAGUCUGUUAUAUAUAUUUUAUCUGUUAUCGUGUAUAUACAAUUUUGUUUAGAAAUUUAUACAAUAUUUAUUGUGGACUAUUAUUUAUAGGUACACGUCGUGAUUGUACUUUAUUUUAUGAAUCAAUUGUUAAUUUCUUAGAACAUCUAUUUGUGGAAGUGAAAUUGAAAAAUAAUAAAUAAUAAAUGUCUUA